AUUGAAUUAGAGGCAAAUUUGAUGUGUGCGCUCCUGUGCCGGCCGUAUGAUAUUUCAAAUACUUGUGUAGGUACAAUAAUUUUGAUGCGAACAUCUGCAAGCAUUGCUGACGCUUGUCUAUCCUAUGAACAAUUGGCACCCUGUUUUAAGGAUAGUCACAUAUGUUACUAGUCUGCGUGGAUGACUUACAUAUUCUUUACAAGCUUGUAUUGAAUUUUUAUCCCCCAUACCUAACAAUAUUCAUUUGAUACAGUUUAAAGUUUUGGUAUAUUUGGUAAAUUAGAUUUUAUUUGAUAUACAUAAGGAUCCAACAUUUUCGACAAUGGAUAAAGAAAAGACGAACACCUUUAAAACCUCAACUCAAAUGGAUUCCUUAGAAAAAUUAGCAGUUUCUCUUCCGUCGGCGGCUUUCGGCUUAGUUCCAUGUAGUGAAAAUAGGGACUUCGAUACACGUCUUUUAAAUAAGUUUCAAUCGGGAAGGAAGGGGUUUGGUUUGGUUAAGUCGUCACGUACUCUCUCGGAACCCACUAUACCAACAUCUAAAUCAUUGAAAAGUAUGACAACAUCCAAUUUCGUUUCUCCUACGUUUGCAAGGUAUAUGCCUUACUUUUUGUCAUCUCUCAGCGGUGAUUCAAGCUCGUCGACAACAAUGUCUUCUAUCUCUGUGUCGAAUUUAAGUGAUGAAUCCAGUAGUGUGAGACUUCCAUUGUCUCCAAGUCAACUGUCCUUACCAGAACCUCCAGAUGGAGGUUGGGGUUGGGUUGUUGUAAUCGCCACGUUUUUUGUACACAUGAUAACCGACGGGGUAAUAGUAUCGUUUGGCGUUUUUAUUGAAUCUCUCGUUGAGGAAUUCCAAGAUUCAAUGAGUGCUACUUCGUGGAUCGGGUCAUUUUCGUAUGGUAUUCCUGCACUCGCCGCCCCUUUGUCUUCGUUUCUGCUUAAUCGCUUUGGAUGUCGAGUGACGUGCAUGGUUGGUGGGCUGAUAAGCGGUCUAGGAUGUUUUGCUGGCGCCUUCACUAAUUCUAUAAUAUCGCUGGUCUUUUCGUUUGGCAUUUUAUCUGGUCUGGGUGCAAGUUUGUGCAUCACAUCAGCUCUUGUUGUUGUUUCUAUGUAUUUUGAUAACAGACGAGCUACUGCCACUGGAUUGUCCAUAGCAGGCACAGGUGUCGGUGCGCUUGUAUUUGCUCCAAUGGUAGACAUGCUACUGAAUAUUUAUACGUGGCGAGGGGCUAUGAUGAUACUGUCUGGGUUUUUCCUAAAUAUGAUAGUAUGUGGUGCUCUAAUGCGUCCUGUUGAAACUGACGUCGAAAAACGACAUAGACAACGUCUUGCUUGGUUGGAACACCUAGCUCGCGAGUCGGGCUUACCACCUUUUGAAAGUGCAGACUACUUGGAUAAGGAUGUGCUUGGUCGUAUAAAGUUGCUACGUGACCAUAUGUUAGCUCCUCGCAGAGUUACAUUGAGCUAUUUACACUCAACAAAUGAAAUCAAUAACAAGUUGAUUUCAUCUACUAGUUGUUUCAAAGUUCUGGAAAACAAGACGAAUUUAUCUAAAGAUAUUCUCCAAAUCCCCCCGAUCCACUCCAAAUCACAACCACUAAAUAAGAAAGCGCUACAAACCCAGGAUCAGGAUGUAUGGAAAGACGGUGCAUCCACAUUAAAAUCUCGAAAUGUGUCAGGGAACAAGAAAGUGUGUAGCUUCAUGCUCCAAUGUCCGGAAGUUAGGUCCGAUGUAGUUUCGUUCUCACCUUUAUUUCCUAUUGAGGAUUUUGAUUGUGGUGUACAAGAUAAAAGCCAUGAGGCAAAUAAUAAAUGUGAAAUUUAUAAUACUAACGGAAGUCUUAAAUCGUUCAAGAACUUUAUUCAUUAUAACCAUGAAGACACUGUUUGUCCUAAGAAGGAUGAAGCAUGCGUUUUAAAUCAUUUUUGUCAAGACAAUCAGACGUAUAUGCGCGGUGAUUGCUGUGAAACCAGUUCCCUCAAUUUUACACAUAAUACCUCGCAGAGUUAUAAUCAGAAAGACAUUCUUCGAGGUUCUUCAUCUAGUUUACUUGAGUAUUAUCGCUCUACACAUCAGAGUUCAGUGAGUCUACCGGAUCUUCAUCAUCUCAGAAGGGUGUACAAAACCGACACUUCUAGUGAAUCUGGUGUGUCAUCUCAAUGUUCGCUGAGGUACAAUUGUAGUUGUUUGGCGAAUAAAAAGUCAGGAUUAAAGUCGAUGGAUGGAGAUGAAAAAUGUCAGGAUAGGGGAAUAUAUUGUUGUAACUUCUGUACAGAAAUGUGUGCCGACAAACAUGAUAUUCUUCACCGUCUUUUUGAUCUGCGACUGUUUAGAAGACCUACCUUCGUUUUGUUUAUGGUUUCAAAUUUCUUACUCUACUUCUGGUACAAUGUUACAUAUUUUUUUAUGGGUGUGCGUGCUAUCAAUUAUGGUCUUAGUGAAACACUUGCAGCCCUUUUGUUUUCUGUUCUUGGUGGUGCUAACAUGGUUGGUGAGGUUUUAGCUGGAUUUUUGGCUGACCGUGAUGGCGUCGAUUCUCUGACUCUAUAUUUCUUCAUGAUUCUUGCAUGUGGUGUGUCAACGUGUUUGAUGCCGUUACUUACUACGUUUAUGUCCAUGGCAGUUUAUUCUAGCGUGUUUGGUAUGGGAUUGGCCGCUAAUGAUGCUCUGUGCACUGUUCUGUUGGUAGAAUUUGUUGGACUCCAUCGCCUUACCAAUGGUCUUGGAAUUUGUUUUUUUUGUCAGGGUGUCGCCAAUAUUUUGGGACCGCCUCUUAUUGUUGAUAGAAGUUUCGUGUAAGUUCAAUUAUUUUUUUUAUUCGACGUGAAAAUACUUUUUGUUUGUAAAUGCUAAAUAUUGUUGUAAACACUUUUGUACUAUUUUUCAGUAAGUUGGAUUCUGUGUGAUUAAUUUGUGAAGUUUAAUGUGUCUGAUUAUCACAUUUUAUUUUUAAAUGCAUCGUUGAAGUUAGUGGAUCGGAUUAAAUAAAUAAUAAUUUAAAAAGAGUGGAAUAACGUCAUUAAUAUAAACUCCUCUUUAAUCGUUUUCACGUAUCGUACUUAAUUGUGUACUGGUAGCAGGUGGUUAACGGUAAAUGUUUCAAAUGUCUUUAUAUCAUCCCCAAUUCACUCAACUCAAGGGUUCUUUUUUGUUUGGGAAAAUCCUCAUAUGAUAUGAUAAACACAGUAGAUAAAAGUAUCUUAAAUCUGUCAUAUGAUUAUUACUUAAGGGACUAGGUGAAAUACUGUCCUGAAUAUCUACAGUGUUGUUUAUUAUCAUUAGAAAUGUUUUACGUAUUGUAUUGUCACUUUAACUUCACAAACGGGUACAAGGAGUGGAAUAGGUUCAGAUAGUCUCGUUGGCUAACUGCUCAUUUAUCAAAGUACAAUAAUUUCUCAAAUUUGAAUUUCAGGAUAUGGUUGGUGAUACGUUCACACUGACCAUCCUACAAACGUCCAAAAAUUAUUUUUCAGUUUAAGUUCACAAAAGCUUAAUUAAAAAUUUUCAUGACUUAUGCUUAGUAAAUACUAUAUAUGCAUUUUUGCUAGUUUGUAAAGCUUUGAAUCAUCUUCCACCAGGUGGUACAUAUCCUUUUUCGGAAUUGUGUUUUUACACUGAGCUAAUAAAAAAUUUGUCUAUUAAAACUUGCCGAUUUAUCGUGUUCUAUUAUUUUUCGCUGUUUAAUGGUUUUUGAUUGCUCAUUUGCGUGGUGUUCACUUCUUUAUAUAACACCUUUCUAACCAAUUCUUGUUUUUAGUUUGAAUUGACAAUUUUUCACUUGUUCCAAUAAUCUCUCUUUCUCUUCAUUAAUUACCUAAACCUGUAGGAUAAAUCUUAAUCUAGUUGUCGAGCCUGAAAUUAGUUAACUUUACAGAAAGCUAUUAUCACUCAGUGUGUUUGUUUUUUUCUCAAAGCUUGAACUAAUCAAAAUGAAAACGUUGCUUCCAAUUCCUAUUUUGCUUAUGAAUAUUUGUUAAAAAAUUUCGCAAAAUCAAAUAGUAUUGGGUUUUUAUUUCGGCAUUUUGUUUUUCAAACUCGUGAAAUUCUUCUAACUGAUUUUAUGACUAGUCGCUUAGUGAAGUACACAAAUUCUUAAUUAAGUUUACUAUACUAUGGUAAAAAUAAGAACAUUAUUUUCAUGUGUGGUUAAGAUCUUAUUCAAACUCAACCCUGUGGGUAAUCGAUUCUGAGAUACAAAUUCAUUAGAGAUGAAAGAUUUAGCCCAACUAUGCUUGUUUAGUUCUAUGCAAUCGAGUAAUAUUGAGGUUAUGAAUGAUAAUGCGAAAUGCUUGAAUAGUGACUUGUUUCCUUUCAUUUACUAUUUUUCUUUUCCUGUACUAUCAGGUUAUAUAAUUGAUCUAACUCAGUCACAUGAUCCAGCUUUCAUUAUUUCUGGUUUGGGUAUGGUUUUGGCAGCAUUUUCAGUUGUUCCUAUUAUUAUACAGCAUUUUCGAAGAAGGCGUGCUCGCCGAUUACGUCGUUUACAACAAAAUUGUUCUGAAAUUGUAUUAGAAGCUCAAACGUAACAACGAUAAUACUACUAUUACUACUACUAAUAAUAAUAAUGGUUUUUCUAUGAUUCAUCACAAUGACCACUACCUUAAAAGACGAUGUAAUAUUAUCUUGCUCAGAUUUUAUUAAUAGUUUUUUUUCCAACUAAUUCGUUAUAUUUUGUUUCCUCUCUUUUCUCCUUGGAUUGUAUCUUAGAUGUUUUGAAUGUUUAUUUCAGACUUGGUCCUGUCUUUUUCUUUGAGAUUACUUUUGAAAUCUACUGCUAUUAUUAUUAUUAUUUUUCGAAAUAAACAUUGGUUUCACUCAUCAAUACAGUCCAUAAUGGCUGGUUUGAUUUUUAUUCGUUAAAAUUUAUACACAAAUUUGUUAAUUAACUAUCUGUUUAUCCAUUUUUGUUUGAAUCCGACAGUUUUAUGUGUUGUACACCAAUUCAAAAAAGUGCAUUAGUCAUAAAGAUUAUUCUUUAUUUUAUUCAACAAAAUAAUUAUAGCAUUUUACUCUGCUUAUAGAAGUUCAAAUUACAGUUACUUUCUUUUUAAACGAAAAUCAAAUACACAUACACAAAGAACUUUACAUUCCACUCAGAAAUAGAGUAUUGUUUAUGAAUAUCAUUACUCAACUGCAAGCUCUUUUCGCUCCAUUGUAAGUGUGAUUCGUAUUGGCAUUCUCUCUUCUGAAAACACCUAUCGUUUUGUUUCUGUUGUUAUUUACAUGUUUACUUUCCUUAUAUUAAUCUCAGCCUGUUUGUAUACUUUACUUUGUAUCUUCUAUCUCUUCAUUAAACUUCUAUAAACACUAGACAUAAUGGUGUAACUUAUUAUUUUCAGUGAAUGUCAAUUCAGUGAGGGACAAAUGGUGCUUUCAUGACUCAAAUCUUUCUAUUGGUUACGGCUUAUUAUUAAUACAAUCGCAACCAGUACAGCUGCUUUGAUUAUUACUAUUAGCAAUUAUAAUAAUCGUUACAGCUGUUAAUAUCAUUCUUCUUAUUGGUAUAUUAAUAUUGUUGUCAUCAUUACUAUUAUUAUUUUUGUGGAACUUUAUUAGUAUUUAGAUUCACAGAUAAUGUCACACUAUUUUCAUACUUUACGCAUUCAAACAUAGUUAUUUUGUAUGUGGAUGUGAAAAACAGGAAUUUAUUAUUAUAGCCGGUUUUGUUUCCUAUAUUCUUUCUUCAUCUUCUGAGAGAGAUAUUCUUAUUCAAUGUACAUUUUCAAUUGUUUGUUCACCACAUAAAUAAGUUUAUUUUUCUUCAUAGGUAGCAAAACAUUCGAUAAACACUGUAGACAAGUAAAUCUUUUCUUUUAUAUAUAUAUGCUAAUGUUAUAUGAUUUUAUCAUUACGCAUUCAAAUAAUAAGUAAAAGUUGUAUUUAACAGGGAAUGUAGAUGUUUGUUUGUUUUAUGUCAACCAAUACGAAAAUUAUUGUGGAUGAAAGAAUAGAAAUGAACAUUCUCUUAGUGUAUAUCAAUUUUUACAGUUGACUGUACUUUGGCAAAUACCCAAAUAUAAUUUUGAUGAAACGGAUUCUUAAUAAACUUUACUAAAUC